UGCGCAGAACCUUGCAUCAGGGUCUUGCACCUUCCCGGUGCCUGUACGCCAGAAGGCGCUACUUGAUGACGACGAGUCAAGUAUAGCGCUUGUGGACGUAGAUCCAUCUCAGAGAUGGGAAAUGGAUCGACAACGUGGGGUUCCUCUCGGGGAAAGGGUGGCGAGGCACCAUCAACGGACCGUAGAAUCACAUAUUCCAGCCGUGUUGCAGCGGUUUAGUCAGGCUCCAAAACGAAGUCCUAUUUCUCAGUCUCGUUUCGCGAACUCUCGAUUGUCGCUCAGGAUUCCUGAGGAUCAAGAUCCGUAUUCCGACGACCGCAGCGUGCAGGGAUCGUCUGAUACUUCUCCAGUUACGCCCAAACACAAGCUACCUCUACCGCACAUUCCCCUUUCGCCAUCGAGAAUAUUCCAUAGAUCUCAGUCACCACAGCCCUCAUCGUCUGUCAUCUCAUUAUUGCGCAACCCCAGUCCAUUCUUCAAGAGUACACCUUCACCCCUCAAUCUCUCUUUACCUUCCCCACUUCACAGUGGUCACGGUGAUCACCACUUCUCUCGAAAGCUCUUCCACCGGAAGCGGAAAGAGCGUGCAAAUAGUGAACCCUUGGAGGACUGGGAAGUCUUGGAUCGUACCGAUUCAUCUCAUUCGUCGUUGGACGACUCUCCAGCUCACCAUAGCCCUCCAAGCCCGGCUCCUGCACCAAGUUCAGGCUUCGCUGAGACGUGGCCUUAUCCCGAUGUCUUCACAGAAGAUACGCGCGUCUCAGUUGCGAAUCGACAUCCAUACCGCCCUAGCGUUCGGACUGUACCACCAGCUGAAGAGCGUCCUCAACGUCCAGCUUCCCCUCCAUUUGUUAACCGACAUAUUCGGAGGCGCACUAGUUCUAGUUUGCGUAGCGAUCACGUGAGCGCAUCGAGCGCUCCAGUAUCCCCAAUUUCUUCGUCUUCUGCUUCCCUCUUUAGCUCUUCGAGCUUGUCGUUGGCCACUGUUGGAAGGACACUUCCACAGAUUCUCAUUCAUAUGCAUCUGCCAAGACCUUCCUCUACGAUGGACCCUGAGCAACCCACUUUCCCGAGCAACCCCCACAAAUCCCCUCCCUCCUCUUCCCAGACGGACGGACGCACUGCUUCCUGUUCGUAAUGAUGA